AUGAGUAAUUCAGAUUUUGGUAUUAUUGCUUUGGAGAUCUAUUUUCCAAAAUUUUAUGUCUCUCAACAUGAUCUUGAAGUAGAGGACAAAUGUGUGGGAAAGUAUACUCAAGGAUUAGGACAAACAUCUCUUGGAUUUUGUUCAAUACAGGAAGAUAUAAAUUCAAUGUGUCUAACUGUUGUGAGCAACCUUAUCAGGCGUACAAAUCUUGACCUGAAAACAAUUGGUUUUCUCGAGGUUGGAACAGAAACGAUUAUAGAUAAAUCAAAGUCUACAAAAACCGUACUAAUGCAAUUAUUCGAAACAGCUGGUAAUUUUGACGUUGAAGGAACGGAUACAAAGAACGCGUGUUUCGGUGGUACCUCUGCUUUGUUCGGUGCGCUUAACUGGCUUGAAUCUAGUUACUGUAAUGGCCGUAUGGCGUUGGUUGUUGCAGCUGAUAUAGCAGUUUAUGGUGAUAAAUCAGCUCGUCCUACAGGUGGUGCGGGGGCUGUAGCAAUUUUACUCGGACCGAAUGCUCCUUUGGUGAUUGACUUUGGUCUACGAGCUGUUUAUAUGAAACAUUGUUAUGAUUUCUACAAGCCAAAUUUAAGCUCUGAAUAUCCUAUCGUUGAUGGUCACUUUAGUAUGCAGUGUUAUCGAGAGGCAUUAGAAAUGUGUUAUAAAUUAUAUCGACACAAAUCAGCUUCUAAAGGUCUCAAUAGUAUAAUAACAACACCUUGGCGAGAUACUUUACCGAAGGUGAACAAUGCAGUAGACUAUAUAUGUUUGCACGCACCAUUUACUCGUCUUGUACAAAAAGCGAUCGGUUGGUUAGCAAUGAUUGAUAUGCGUACAGAAGGCAUUAUUGCAGAUACAUCAAACAAUUCUGAUGUAUUCUUAUCAUCUUCAAAAGCUGGUCAAUUAUGUCAUAAUAAUCAUCAAAUGACGUCGAAAUCAGAGUAUUUUGAUCAGAUAGACCCAUCUAUUUUUAAUGCUUUAAAAAAUUACCGUUUACUUGAUGAUAAACAUGUUCCUGAUCGCCAGUUGGAUACAAUUUGUUUGAAAGCUACUGAAUCGUUGUACAGGCGUAAAGUAGAUCCUGGACUAAUGUUCGCUAAAAAUAUUGGAAACAUGUAUACUGCUUCUCUAUAUGCAUGUCUUGUUAGUCUUCUUCUUAAUACUUCAAAAGCUGAACUAUUAGGACGUCGUAUACUAAUGUAUUCUUAUGGUUCUGGAAUGGCAUCAGCUAUGUACAGUAUUCUUAUCCAUCCAGAUCGUGAUUUAUCCACAAUUUUGAAUUGUUCGCUAGAAUCGUCCAAUGGUUUGUCUAAUAUUCACAAACGUCUAUUUGAUGAGCGAACUCAAGUGACUGUUUCGCAAUUUGAACUAAUGCUUAAAGAACGAGAACUUUCACAUAAUUCAGCUCCAAUUGAACCAACAUUUCGACCUGAAGGACUGUUUCCUGGUUCAUAUUAUUUGAAGAAUGUAGAUGAUCGUUAUCGUAGAUUUUAUGAAAAAUUAUCAGAAUGUUAAAUGGUAAGUUAGAAAAAUGUAUCUUGCAAUAAUUUUUGUAUCAUUCAAUUUCAAUUUAUCAACGUAAGUUCACUCAAAAUGUUGUAUAAACUGUCAAAAGUCUGUUGGAAUAAAAAGGUUACCUAUGCCUACAUUUAGAUACAUUACCAUGAUAAAAAGCUCAUUAACUUGUUUUAAAUUUCAAACAAACACUUUAAAGUUUGAAUUGACUAAGAGGAGUUUUUAGAUUGAUGAAAGUGAGAUAUUUUCUCACAUUAAAGUUGGGGUUGUACUCUUUUCUCGUAAAAUUCUCUGUAGUUUUAUCACUUUUUCGAACUGUCUCAUCAUUUACAGAAGGAGCUAUUUCAAAGUAAUUUGACAAAAUGUAAAGAUCUGGGUCUAAACUGUUGGAACGAUAGUGAAAUCAGUCGUGC